AUGACGCGAAGACAUAUCGCAUCGACGGUUACGAGUGAUGACAAUAAUGACAGUCAAACCAGUGAUGACAAGAGCGGAGACGAGAGUCGACCGCAAACUUUGGUCGCGAAGUCUGUGAAUGUGAUCAACGAUUACAUCAAUUAUUAUAUGAUAAUCGGUUUGAAUGCCAUCCGAGCCAUCAUUUUCCGCAUAACUGGUGUCCGAAGCGUUGAUCCGACGAAACAAAUCAUUAAUAAUUUGUUGAAAAAGUUUCCUUUCGAUGAAUUGCAGUCACUUUCGGCCGAAGAACUCUUUGAUAAGACUAUAGCCGACAAUGAGUUUGAAUCGGCCCUCGAGUUGGCCACGAAUUACGGCUUCGACGCGGAUCUGGUUUAUCAACGGAUGUGGAGAUACAGACCAAUCAGCCAACAGUCCAUCGAUCAGUCUUUAAGCAAAAUAUCUAAACAAAUGUGGAUUUUGAGAGAAUGUGUUGAUUGUGUCGCUCAAGACAUGGAUUCAAUGAAAUAUUUACUACAGUUUGGUCUAAAUCUCACUAAUUAUGAUCGCUUUAAGACUCACUUCUAUUCACGAGUUGACACUCCAGACAACCCUAAAGAGGGAGACAAUGAAGAGAUCGGUGACCUCCAAGUGGUUGGCCUUAAAGUCAUGGAUUGGAAAGACAUAGACUCGAGUGAUAUGAACAGCAAAUAUAACCACAAGUUUUAUCAGAUAUUCCGAGAAAUGUCUUCACUGGAAGCGGCCGUACAUUUGGCCCAAAGUGGCGAUUAUAACGCCGUAUCAAUUGUAUUGACCUACGAAUCGGUCGAUCUAUUAGAGCACCGGUUAGUCAUUCUCUCCAAUAUUGAUGAAACUCUUUCACCGAAGAAGUAUUUAUCACUUCUUCCGAAAGUGGUUUCACCGAAAGUAAAAGGAUAUGAAGUCUACGAUUGGAACCAAAUUAUCCUCAGAGAAGAAGAUUGGAUUGAAAAACAAUUUGGUUCCGUCUGUGCUCUCAAUACCACUCAAUUUGAAGCCGACUUUUACGCUGAAAAUCCGUCUCUUUUGAGAUACAAAUGCAAUCGUUUGACGAAAUCAUUGUUAACGCAAUGGUAUUCACAAAGAAGUCGACAAAUACUGUCAUUGACUUCAAUUGUGACCAAUGCUUUCGAUUUAGUGGACAUUGGGAUCAAACAUAUGGUUCCAAAUCUGGACAAACUUUAUUCAGAUCUCGAUAUCUUUGCGUUAAUUGUUUACGAAUCCAAAUAUGAAGAAGAGAUUGAUUUCGACAAAUUUGAGAACAAUUGUAAUAAAGAGAAAAUUGAUAUUUUGAUGAGUGGAGCGCUUGAAAGUGAUGAACGAUUUUUGGAUUUUAUUGAGAAAUACCUUAAAGUUUGCAAAGAAGACCCAAAAUUAUUGCAGACGAUUGGAAGGGAUUUAUUUAAAGACUAUUUAGUUUCUGUCGCCAAAACCCAUCUAAACUGUUGUCUUAAAGUUUUUGAGAAUUCGAGUUUAAGUAAUACUGAAAUCGAGAAAAUCAAUAAAAAUGCAUUGAUUGAAGAGCCGUCCGAUUUGAUUGAGUUUGCAAUCGAUUGCAUUUACGCGUCUGAAGACCCAAAACAACUUGAGAUCUGUUUUAAAAUAGUUGAAUGUCUGCCACAACCAGAUAUGGUUCAACUCAUCGCCGAUAACGAUAAUAACAAAAUCAAUCGUUUGAAUGAUUUAAAUGAUUUGGCGGACAAACUGGAGAACUAUUUGGUCGCCGCAGAGAUCAUUGAACAAUACGAUUGUCCGCCGAUUAUCAGUCAAAUACGAGACCUCGAGAAGAACUGCGACAGAGAGGCAGUUAAGCACUUGUUUACUAAAAUAACCAGAAAUUGUGUGAAACGGGAGAAACCGAUGUCUGUUAACGAAUGGAUCGAAACAUUUAAAAACUUAGAAGAGGUCCGCAAAACAUGUUUCAAAGACUGCAUAACCGAAGAUCAGUUGUUUGAAGUGUUUGUUCAGACGUUGUUGUGUUCGGCGAGAAAAGAGAAUUUUGGUUUAGCGGCCGGUUAUCUGCAGUUGAACUCAGAGACCAAAUACAAGAAAAAAGUGGUUCCCUUUCAGAAGACAAAGAAACUGCUGAUUAGUGCGGCCCAGGAGUACAUCAACUCUUCGGAUUCGGCCAACGAUUAUAAUAUAGUGUUAGCGAAAGAAUGCCUUCAACUCAUCGAUGAAAGGGAACAACAAAAGGAUGCGUUGAUUAGCGAAGAAUUGAAUCUAAUUGAGAGCUUAUAUUUGAUUGAAGAGAACUUCGAUCUGAAACUAUUGCCGAUUCAGAUACGACUCAUUCCUCAGCCGAGACUGGAAUUGAUUGACACGAUUCUCAAGUCUUCUCCAAAGGCCUAUUCGAAGACAUCGACAAUAUUGAAAAUAUCACAACUUCUCAAUGUCUGCAAAGACUUUGAUGGCGAUCACCGAAACGGAACCGUUUUGUCGUUGUGCGCAAACGUGGCGUUGGAUUCCAAAGACUUUAACCAUUGUUUCAAGUCGUGUGACAUUAUUAUGAAAAACAAUUACACAAUCGGUUGGAAAAUAUGCCUUCAAUUAGUUAGGAUUUUGUCGGAAAUGUUUCACAAAUAUAUAUUUGUCCGCAAAUUAUUGCAUAAAUUAGAGGCAAAUGUCUGCCAUCGAUGUCUUCGGCGACUGUUGACCACCAAAAGGGAUCGGAGAAAAGGUUUUUCGGAUACCUUUCGUUUCCAACGGAUUCCCGAACAAUAUCUGUAUAUCAAAGACAUAAAAACGGCUAAAUUGGUGGCCAAUCACUUGAGCCAUGACCUCAACAAAGACAAGUCUGUGAUCCUCGAGUCGAGUCCGGGAACCGCUGUUUUGACGCAACAUUUGCUUAAAAGUGGCGCUCAAUUGAUCCGUGUUUUUGAAGACAAUCCAAAUAAAGAAUUUCCGAAUAAAUUAGAAGUAAUUAAUAAACAAAUCAUAAAUUUGCCGAAUAUUCUCGUCAAAGAAGUGGAAAUCAAUGAUGAGAUCAGCCGCUGGUUUACCGGCAUUGAGACCAUUAAGGUCUCCGAUUGGCGAUCGGAUCCUAUCAUUAAAUUUGUGGGCGUCUUCUCGCCAAUCAAUUCAAGACUUUUCCUGCGUUUUGUAAUCAAACAAUUGGUGCGAAAGGAUCUGUUCUUCGGGUGCGGAAGGACUCAGUUUGUGGUGUUUGUCUCCGAAAAGGAGUACAAUUGUAUGACAGCAACGCCGCCUAAUUUCAAGUUAUACCGAUCUAUAAAUGUUAUGUAUAACACACUCUUCGACAUCGAAAGCCUCGAAACGGUUCCGUACAACGAAUUCGCCUUCUAUUCCAGUCAACCGACCACUAAAAGCACGUUUGACGGAAACGCACGACUCGUUCGGUUGACUCCAAAGGAAUAUUUGGAUGAAUUAGACGAACAAACUCUUAAGGAUUACUACUAUUUCGUGACACAAACCUUCAUGAAGAGGAAGAGUUGGAUCAUUCCGUUCUUAGAGAAUUGGUUCCCGAAUUGUGGUCCGGAUCUCAUCCGAAAAGGAAUCCCUGUUUUCAAAUAUUUCGGUGAUUUGAGACCCGAAGAAAUGUUGGAUCUGUUUAAAUACUGUUACAAUAGAAGUGAUUAUAACAGUUCUAUUUAUAAGGCGUUCUCCCAAAACGACAUUUUCGACAAUGAAAUCGAUGUCCAGGACAUCAAAUUAGAUGAAGAAGACAUCGAUACCAAAGAUAAGGAACAACUCGUCGACAAUGAGUUAUGA